AUGCCACCAAAACAAGCUACUUUGGGAAAGUUCUUCGCACGCCCUGCUGGCUCCUCACCAAAGCCUCAACAGUCGAAGCUGGCUUUUCAGAAGCCGCACACGACAAAGGCUGUCAAAGACGAGCAUGAGGAAGUAGACGGGGUCGUGAAAGCAGAAGAUCGUGAAGAAGCAGAUGCUGUGAAAAAUGAUGUCUCCGAUGAAGAUAUCAACAUGGACAGCAAGUCUGAGGUGCAUCAGUCAGCUAUGGAUACCAAGCAAGAAGACCCAGACAUGAACGGCAUGGAGAAAGUCAAUUCUGCGCUAGCCAACGCCAAAGACCAUACCGGCCAUACCACAGCUGAAAUUUCGUCUCUGCCACGCAGAUCGACCCCAUCAAAACGUAGUAAGAAUGAACUAGAAGACGAACAGGACGAGGAUGAUGAAGAGCCGGUGAGAAAGCGUUCAAGGCGGGAGAAUACUAGGGAACAAUUUGAGCACGCAACAAGGCAACCAACAACUGAAACCGACAAAGAACCUCCGAAGCCGAAGGCGAAAGCUACUUCCCCGAAAGCUGCCCAAGCGAAGAAUGAGUCGAGGCCAUCAUCCAAGAAAACAGAAAACACCUCCAAAACGGCAAAAGCUGCUGAUGCAAACAAAGCAAAGGGGCCUCGGAUAGAGACAGGACAUGCUCCUGCAAAAGACGCCGGAAAAGAAUCAGAAAAUGAUGUUUCUGACGAAGUUUCCUCAGAAGUAGAAGACGAAGAAGCCGAGUCUGACGAAGAGGACAAGCCUGAAGUCGCUGCUAAAGCUCGGGAGAAAGUCCAGUCAACACUCAAGAGCAGUGCAGAAGACCCCUAUCCCAAUUGGAAGCCCGGGGAGCCGGUCCCAUAUGCGGCAUUAUGUACUACUUUCUCAUUGAUCGAAAUGACUACAAAACGGCUCAUAAUUUCAGCACACUGCUCUCUGUUUCUCCGUCAGGUCCUACGGCUUACACCUCAAGAUCUCUUACCUACUGUGCAGCUCAUGAUCAAUAAGCUUGCUGCUGAUUAUGCUGGCAUUGAGCUUGGUAUUGGAGAAUCGCUGAUCAUGAAAGCUAUUGGUGAGACCACCGGAAGGAGUUUGCAGGUCAUUAAGGCCGACCAGAACGAGAUCGGAGAUCUAGGUCUUGUUGCCGCAAAGAGUCGCUCGAAUCAGCCUACGAUGUUCAAACCAAAACCUUUGACGGUACGAGAAGUUCUCAAAGGUCUGAUGGGAAUCGCUACAGUCUCAGGCGACGGCUCCCAAGGGAGAAAGAUCGCUGGUAUCAAAAAAUUACUAGCUGCAGCAGACGCUUCAUUGGCAGGCAAGCGCAGCAAAGGGAUCGACAUCACGAAGGACAAAGGCGGAGCGAGUGAAGCUAAAUUCAUAGUACGAUUCUUGGAAGGCAAGUUGAGGCUUGGACUAGCAGAGAGAACGGUACUUGUCGGUCUCGCGCACGCUAUGGUCAUUCACGAGACCGACAAGAAGGGAGACAAGCUACCAAGUAGCGAAAAGCUGGCGGAAGGAGAGGCAAUUCUGAAGACAGUCUAUAGCGAACUACCAAGUUACGAAGUCAUCGUUCCUGCAAUGGUUGAACACGGCAUUUUCCACUUGCGCGACAACUGCAAACUACAGCCCGGUGUGCCCCUCAAGCCAAUGUUAGCAAAACCUACGAAGUCUAUUACCGAAGUCCUUGACCGGUUUGAAGGCAAGAACUUCACCUGUGAAUAUAAGUACGACGGAGAGCGCGCCCAGAUUCACUACGUUGCUGGAGACUCGCCUCAACAAUACACAAGCAGUGUGCCAAAAUCUAGUAAAUCGGCCAAAGGUCUUUCUGCUAUCUUCUCACGGAAUUCGGAAGAUCUUUCGAAGAAGUAUCCUGACAUUUUAGCGAAGCUAGACUCAUGGAUCAAAAAGAAGACCAAAAGCUUCGUACUGGACUGUGAGACCGUGGCAUGGGAUCUUGUCGAGAAGAAAGUUCUCCCGUUCCAGCAAUUAAUGACAAGAAAGCGCAAGGAUGUCAAAGCCGAGGACGUAAAAGUCAAGGUCUGCGUCUUUGCCUUUGACAUGCUCUUCUAUAACGGAGAGGCUAUCGUCCAAAAGUCUCUGCGCGAGCGAAGAGAGCUUCUACAUCAGGCUUUCCAGGAGGUCGAGGGCGAAUUCUCUUUCGCCCAACAUGGCAAUACCGACAAUCUCGAGGAGAUCCAAACGCUGCUUGACGAGAGCGUCAAAGCAUCCUGUGAAGGACUCAUGGUCAAGAUGCUUGAUACCGACCAGAGUGGCUACGAGCCCAGUAAGCGAAGUCGUAAUUGGCUCAAAGUGAAAAAGGACUACCUCUCCGGCAUUGGCGAUUCCCUGGAUCUCGUCGUUCUGGGCGCAUACUUUGGCAAGGGCAAGCGUACGUCGGUAUAUGGCGCUUUCCUGCUAGCUUGCUACAACUCCUCAAAAGAAUCUUACGAAACAGUCUGCAACAUAGGCACCGGUUUUUCAGAAGCCAUACUCGAAGAGCUUCAUACGAAAUUGAAGGAUCACACCAUUGACAGACCGAAACCCUUUUACUCACACAGCACGGUGGCCAAGGACCAGCCAGACGUCUGGUUUGAGCCGCGCUUCGUGUGGGAGGUUAAGACUGCAGACCUCACACUUAGCCCGAGGUACAAAGCUGGGGCCGAUGCGCUGGGUGAUAGUAGUCAUAAGGGGAUUAGCCUGAGAUUUCCGAGGUUUAUCAAGGAGAGGGAUGAUAAGAAGGCUGAUGAGGCGACGGGGAGUAGGAUGGUGGUCGAGAUGUAUCAGAAGCAGGAAAGCGUGGGUAAGAAUAAAGGGCCGAGUGUUGAUGACGAUUUCGAGUACUGA